UCCUCAGUGUAUCCCCGAACCGGAAGGUGUAGGGGCAGGGCGACGCACAGAUCCACCCCUUCUGAUCCCCCUGGUGUUUGGCCACGUGGGCGCCCAUUCCUCUUGGACCCCGCCCAUUAAAGCGGUUUCAGGGUACGCCUGUAUGGAUAUCUCCCCGAAGUGAAAAAUCGAUUCAGUGACGCAGAGCCUUUCAGGGUUGGCUGGAAGCCAAAGCCCAGCCUCCCGAUGGAGUCUGAAUCCAGCCGAUCUGAAGAGGAGACCCCUUCCCUCUUGUGGGGUUUGGAUCCUGUGUUUCUAGCCUUUGCAAAACUCUACAUCAGGGAUAUCCUGGACUUGAAGGAGUCCUGCCAGGUACCAGGAGUAUUUUUUUACAAUGGGCAUCCAAUAAAACAGGUGGAGAUCUUGGGAACUGUAAUUGGAAAAAGAGAAAAGGAUACUUUCUACAGCUAUGGAGUGGAUGACAGCACUGGAGUUAUAAACUGCAUCUGCUGGAAAAAGUCGAACAAUACCGAGUCUUCCUCAGCCCUAUUAACGACAGGUGGUCCAACUAUAGGGGAGCUGAACUUAACCUCACAGCUUAAGAAGCUGCAAGAGACCAUUGAGCAGAGAACAAAGAUAGAAAUUGGGGACAUUAUCCAAAUCAGAGGUUAUAUCCACACAUACAGAGAAGAGCGAGAAAUUCGUGUCACUACUUAUUAUAAAGUGGAUGAUCCAGUGUGCAACAUACAAAUUGCAAGGAUGCUUGAGCUGCCCAGUAUCUACAGGAAAGUUUAUGACCAGCCUUUCCAGAGCCCAGCCCUAGAGCAAGAAAGCAGCAAUCCAGGUGCCCUGGACCUUGCCAAUCUCACAUGUUUGCUGAGUGAAAAAGCCAAAGAAUUCCUCGUGGAGAACAAAGUACAAACCUUUUACCAGCAGGAAUUGGAAACUGUGGAAUCUCUGCUGUCCCUGGCCAGUCAGCCUGUGACUCACAGCUCCUGCUCUGAGCAGGUGGAUGUUAAGAAUGAAACCACUUCCAAGGCAAUUCAUAGUAUAUUUAAGAAUGCUAUACAGCUGCUGCAGGAAAAAGGAUUUGUUUUCCAGAAAGAUGAUGGUUUUGAUAACCUAUACUAUGUAACCAGAGAGGACAAAGAACUGCACAGAAAAAUACACCAUAUCAUUCAAGAAGACUGUCAGAAACCAAAUCACAUAGAGAAGGGCUGCCACUUCCAGCACAUCUUGGCCUGUGCUCGCCUGAGCGUCAGCCCGCGCCUGAGCGAAGCUGUGCUGCAGCAAGUGCUGGAGCUCCUGGAGGACCAGAGUGACAUCAUCAGCACCAUGGAGCACUACUACACAGCGUUCUGAGGAGCCGCCGGCAGAUGGCGUGGGCGGAGCCGGGCCGAGGAAGAGGAAGACCGGGCGGCAAUCACUCCCAGGCUCUGAUUGUAAACAUCACACAGAGGCUGAUAGGUCUGGGGGCAGUUACCUCCUAAGAAACUAUGAAAUAUAGUCAUUUAAGGAACGCAAUUGGGCAUAAAUUCUGUAGGCUGCCCUCUCGCUGCUGUAUCCUUGGGAUAAAGUCACUUCUGUCUCCGCCGUGACAUAGACGGAAACCUGUCCUGUCGACCUCCUGACUGGACCGGGCGUUGCUCUUGGAGCAGAAGGGGAGGAAACGGUGUUGGCGGCUGAAUCGGGGUACAUGUGGCUUGAGGCCCUAUCAGGGUAAAGGAAUGUCACGUGGUAAAGUGAACUGAAGAGCAUAUAGCCAGAGCACACAGAUCUAAAACCUUUUCGAACUUCAGACCAUCAGCUACAUUCUUGUAGGCCUCUCCCAGUGGUUAAGAACCUAAUGUAGGGGACUUAUUCUUGGAUGAGUAUCACUCACCUAUGAUUGCCAAGGGUCAAGUACCAGUGGUGGGUCCUGAGCCCUCGGAUGAAUGGUGUUUACAGACCCACCCGGAGACGGGAAUAAAUGGAUCUAAGGCAUG